AGGAAGUGAAUUUUUUUAUAUUCAUCGAGAAAAGAGAGUUGUCUCGAAAACAUGGAUUUUCAAAGCAUAAAUCCUUUAAACGUUCGCAUAAAUAUUAUUUCGGGUAAUUUGUUGCCCUUGUCAAAAAAUGAUUCGCGCUUUCCGGUAAUGUGGAAAAUGUACAGCAUCUUUGUAUGGCUGCUUGAAAUAAUCCAAGCAAUUGUAUUAAUUCCCGGGAUUAUUUUUGUGCCGCGAGAAAAGGCCUUGAAAGACGGUACAGUUACUUGCGUGGUAACCAUAGAGGUGUUCUUCAUGGUCAUGAGGAUUCAAGCACACAGAAAGCUGAUGAAUCAAUUGAUCCGAAGAUUAAACGACAUUUUAUGUGUUGCGGAUGAGACCAUGAAAAAUAUUGUAACAACCACUCUAAAGCCUAUGGGAGAUCCACUCAAAUUUUAUCUGCUAGUUGGCUGGUUGUCUGUUUUCAUAUGGUGCUGUUUACCAUUUCUAUUAAUCUCCGAGAAAGUUGCCUUUCUUUACGAGGAUUACAGGACACCAGCAAUCUUCUCCAAGCAACCUUUUUCGAUCGAUGUCUUCCUAGUAGGAAGCGUACUUUUGUUAUUGAGUAACGUGUAUAUUUUUUUAAAGAAAGUCGGGGUGGAUAUUUAUAUGAUACAUUUAGUGCUGCUGAUAACGGCGCAGUAUCGAUAUAUCUCUACAAAACUCGCGAUAAUAUUUCGAGAUGGAAAUCCGCAAAGUGAAUUCGACGACUCAUGCCAGGAAUAUCAGCUUAAGGAUCAGUGGGUAAGAAAAGAAAUGGAAGCACUAUGUCGACAUCAUAGCUCUGUUAUUCACUUAUCUUCUAUGCUUAAAAAAUUACUAUCUUUAAACUUUAGUAUGAUUUAUGUGAACAGUGUCUUACGAUUUUGUUUCAUUGGUAUUAUGUUGAGUACAAUAUCAUCAACAAAUUUCUUGGAAGGUUCUUCGAUCGUUAUGUUUGCAAGUGGUUCAAUAGUUCAAUUCUACAUGUUGUGUUUUUGCGUCCAGCAAUUAAUGGAUGCGAGCAGAAAAGUGACGGAUGAAGCAUUUCACGAAAAAUGGUAUCAGUUUGGACCAUCUGUAAAACGUACAUUCAUGUUGAUAAUAUUAGGCAAUAAUUUAGGAUGUAAACUUUCAAUGUGCGAUAAGUUUAAUCUAUCUUUACCCUCAUUUAUGACGAUUUUAAAUCAAUCUUAUUCGAUUGCUCUUCUGUUCUUAAGGGUGAAGUGAGCAAUAACGAAGGACAUAUUUUGUAGA